AUGGCGGAAUUAGCAUACCAGAUACUGCCGACGAUCAACCAAGUCGAAGUCGGCAACUAUUCAGUCUUUUAUCGCGAGGCUGGUCCGGCCAAUGCCCCAACCCUCCUAUUGCUUCAUGGCUUUCCCUCAUCAUCAUUCCUUUUCCGACACAUGAUUCCCCUUCUUGCUCUAACAUAUCAUGUUAUUGCACCGGAUUUUCCUGGAUUUGGCUUUACAAAGAGUCCUGCAAACUUUCCCCACACGUUUGACAACAUAGCCGAUGUUAUGGAAGGGUUCCUUGACGCUCUCAAUAUCCAGGAGUUUGCUGAAUACAUCAUUGACUACGGAGCACCUGUUGGCCUGCGGCUCGCUGUCCGACGACCCCAUGCAGUCAAGGCUAUUGUGACACAGAAUGGGAAUGCUUACUUGGAAGGACUUGGACCUGGAUUCGACGCCAUAAGAACAUAUUGGGCAUCUGGGAGUCAAUCUGAUCGCGAUGCAUUGAUCCCGUUCUUUACCUUGAACGCAACCGAGGGGCAAUAUACGACGGGAACGAAGAACCCUGAUGCCCUGGAACCGGAGUCUUGGUGGCUUGAUUAUGCGCUCAUGAAUGACCAGCCCGGCAACAUCGAUAUCCAGCUGGAUUACUUUUUUGACUACCAAAACAAUGUGGCGCAAUACCCGCAAUACCAAAAGUAUUUCCGCCAGUCUCAAGUUCCUCUGCUUGCUGUAUGGGGAGAAAACGACCAAUUCUUCAUUCCUGCUGGUGCGAAAGCAUUUAAGAAAGAUUUGCAACAUGCCGAGAUUCAUCUGAUUGAUGCUGGGCAUUUCGCUCUGAUCAGCAAUCUCAAGGAUAUUCUGCACUUUAUGCUGCCGUUUCUACACAAGACUUUGAGGAGCGGAGCGCACCACUAUUAG